AAAUGUCUGCUUGUGCAUCCGUUUUCCUGAGUCUCAUAUAUGAUGACACUUUAUCCUUUAAGCUACAGAACAGGUGCCAGUCUGCUUUUCUUUAGGAGAAAAAUGAGCACAGUGAAUAUUGUCAUGUUAAACUGUUGUCUGUCCAAGUUCCAGUAUUGUAUCACUCUGUGUAAACCCCCUUGAAGCCACACAACACCAGCAUGUGUGCCACAAGCUAUUUCUAGACCCUCUCACUCUCCUGCCUUACUUGUACUCUUAACUGUUUGGUGCACUAUAGCAAACUUUCAAGCAAGAAAGGUGCUACUUCCCUGUCCUUUCCAUACUGCAUACCUGCUACCGCUUCAAUAUGACUGACCGCACCGUUCCCCAUGCCUACCCCAUGAGCGUCAACUAUGAGAUGAGCACACCCGCUAGGAUCUACGACCAGAACUUUGCAGAAGCAUUGUCUCCUCAGGACCUAAUGGUACCGGUCCUGUACCACGGUUACUACAUCCGUCCCCGCAUCACCAAGCAGCUGGACCGGGGCUUCUCCCAGGUGGAGAUCGAGGAUGACUGGUACCGUGUACAACUGGACGUGUGCCAAUUCACCCCAGAUGAAAUGAGUGUGCGCACCGUGGACAACCUGCUGGAGGUGAGCGGGCGCCAUGCGCAGAGGAUAGACCAGCACGGAUUCGUGAGCCGAGAGUUCACGCGCACCUACAUCCUGCCCGUGGGCGUGGACCCACUGUUGCUUCAGGUCUCCCUCUCGCAUGAUGGGAUACUGUGUGUGCAGGCGCCAAGGAAGGUGCAAGACGUGGAGCCUAAGAUCAAUCGGCUCAAGAUUAAAAUGGAUGAGAAGGGAGAGAAGAGCUGCUCUAAAGUGGACUAAAUUGGCCACACAUACAAGUCAUGUUCUGAAGUAGUUAACUGGCUUCUGGACAAAGACAAUAUUCAGCCAUUUACUUGAUCACACAGCCCCUGUUCACUUUUCCAAGCUUCUUGGCCUUGAGAAAAUCCAUGAAGGGUAAGGAGUUGACAUUUUCCAGUGGUGCAGCCUCAGUUAAUCCUGGGUAAAAUAAUUUGUCUGACAAAUUAGAAUUAGCAAAGUUUUAGGUGUACUCAAGAUGUUUUUAAAGGAAUGAGGACCAGGAUCUCUCUUACUAGUAGAUGUGUUACUCAACCCAUAAAUGGCCGCUUUUAAGAAAGUAUCAACUGAUUAAAGUGGCUUUCUUAAUAUUUUUUUGAGUGUAACAUAAUUUCUUCUUUUUGACAAUAGCAGAAAAAACAAUCAAACUUCAAUAAACUACCAGAAUUCCUGUCACCCAU